AUGUCAGAAAUCGUGGAGUGUAUAUCCUGGAUUGUUUCAAAGACCUGUUGGAGUUUGGGAGUAUUUGCACUUUUUGUUGCUAAACGGAUGGCUGACUUGUUUGGAUUAAUAUUUAACAUCCUUGCAUGUCUGACCAUUGUGCGGCUGCCGUGCAUGUGCAUGCAAUUCAGCAACAUGGACUCGUGGUGGGACUGGAGGGUAAACGGCUUUGUUCAUUUUGCAUUUUUCCUAAUAGACAUCCCAUUUAUUCUGAUGGGUUUGUUUAUGAUUUUCAUAACCUGCGGGCUUAUUCUCAUUCCAUUCUUCAAUGACAUGAAACAGGAAAAUAUUUCAUUUAGCACUCUGAAAGGACCCGACCAUGGAAUAUAUUGUUUGAGUGCAUUUCAGCUUCAUUUAUUAGUUGGCUUAUAUUUUUUCCGCUUUAUCUGUGAUGUCCUGUGCAUACCAUUGGCAGUCAUUUGUGUGCUCUCUUGGAGAAGCUGCAUUUUUAUUAACAAACUCGGAAAGAAGAACUAUUCCUGGAGUGACUGGGGAUGGAGAAAGCUCUGUGUUGUGCAAUGUCUGCAACUUCUGCUCGACAUUCCUUGCAUUUUUAUUGGCUUCAUGGUCAUGAUCACUUGGCGUGCCCCAUUUCUGAUCAAAAGAGUCAAAGAACGAAGAGGUGAAGAUGAUGAAAAAUGGAACCAGUGGAGGUUUGAAGUUUUUCCAGAAUUCUUUUACAUUUUUGUUGACUUAGUUUGCAUAAUCUGCCUGCUUUUAACUAUGUUAACAUGGAGAGCACCUCUUCUGAUCAACAAACUGCGCCAUGCACCAAAAAAGCAAUGGAAGAUACGAGAAAUCAUGGUCACCCAACUGUUGUUGGUAUUCGUUGACCUACCAUGUAUUUUUUGUGCCUUGAUUGUGUUUAUUACUGUAUGGAGAAUUCCAAACUUUAUCAGAAACUGGGAAAAUAAUGAAUGGAAAAUUCGAGCCAAUUGUAUUUGUCAAGUGGGAAUGCUCUUCAUUGACUUUGGCUGUUUAUUACUCAGUUUUAUUGUCAUUUUAACCCUUUGGAGACUCUAUCCAUUAAUUUGCGACAUAAGAAAAUACUGGUCAAGACCAAAACAAGAAAGGUCAUGGAAAAUACGAAAAUCUAUAUGCAAGAAUGUCGCAUUCCUAUUUGUUGACAUACCAGCCAUUUUUCUUUGCUUCAUCAUUUUAGUAACAGUUUUUCGCUUCCCAAAGCUGCUGUCCAAACUUUUUCAAGCUGGUAAUUUCUUCAUGGAGUUUGCUAUUACAGUAUUCUUUGAAUUUGCCAUGUUGGUUGUGGAUAUCUUCUUCGUGUUUUUGUUUUUGGUGUUAAUGUGCCUGAGGCCAAUCGAGAGCUGGGUUCAUCUUCUUGAAGAUGAGGAGCAUAAAAAGAACCGCCUUAUGAAACAUUACAUUCAGUGGGUCCCUGACAUCAUUGACAAGCGCUUCAAAGUGCGAAGAGAAAUGGAAGGAAUUUUCUCCACGUGCUUGAAAAAUAAUUUGGGAGAACGUAAGCUUCGAGAACACCUGAUCGAAGUCAGUGACGACUACUUGGAUGAACUAGAAUGGAUUCGGCAGAAAAUUAAGAAAUAUGAGCUUGAUGAAGGAUUCAGUCACUUGAUUAAUAUGGCAAAGUGGUGGGAGAAAAAGCGUAUCAAUAAACUAGUGCGACUGUAUAGAUGCGAGAUGAAUUUUUUGGCCCGCCCCAACAUUUCCAUCCACAAUUCCAACCUAUCCAAAUACAGAAACGAGAUGAUCCUGUUUGAGAGUCACGUGACUAUGCAGUAUCGCGAAAUUGAAAAAUACGCCAUUCCAAAAGUACCGCUGUGGACUAAGGAAUGCGGGCUCAAGACGCGAACGCGCAAAGAAACUCAGCAAGUUUUGGUCAAGUGUCUUCCCAGCGGGCGGUUCGUGAUUUCAGUGCUGAUACUGCUGAACCUGAUUUUGAUUUACCGCGGUCCCAGCUUAUUGAAGAACCUCUGUCGCCGGUGGUACGAUCGCAAGAAAAUAGUCUUUGACUCCUGCAAAGAAUACCUUUAUGAUUUCAUCACCGUUUGCAGAAUCUUACUGGUAAUCGUCUUUCUGUACCGUGCGCCUUUCUUAAUCACCGACAUCACCAGGGACAUAUUUUUUAAACAGAGCUGGCGAGCCGUGCGGGAAACAGUGAAGAGGUACCCCGCCUUAAUUUUAGAAGACAUCGUUGACCUCAUAAGGUGCAUCUUUAGCUGGGAAAGCGUGCGUUUUCUGUUUACAGCGCUUCUGUUUGGUCUUCUAAUGCCCGCGGAUCUGUUCUUAACGAUCAUGAAAUUUAUAUUUUCCAAGAAUUGCGCAUAUUUCCUCACAGCCGUCUUGUACAUAAUCUUCUUGGCGUUUCCCUUUCUUCUUCCAUUUUAUAUCAGUGGGAAACUUGAUCCAAACCUUGUCACUAUUGUCAUCGGGGUCUUCGCGUUCGUCCUCCUGUUGGCUUUGAUCGGCAUGGUGGUGGUUUUACUCAAGAAAGAGGCUUUGCUCAACAGAAGGGAUGAUGCCUCUAUCAGAAGGGAUGGUGCCUCUAUCAGAAGGGAUGGUGCCUCUAUCAGAAGGGAUGGUGCGCGUAACAGAAGAGAUGAACCGGGACUGUUAAUCAAGCCUACCCCUUAUGAUUACAUCCGCUUUAACUGGACAAACAUUCACGUGAUCGCAAUGGAAGUCGUUGAAUUUUUGCAGUUGCUGGCGCUGGUAUUUGCUGUAAGUGACAUUCCCAUGUUGGGUGCUAAGACCUUAAACACUGCGUCCCAGUACUUGUUACUUAAUUUUGCCUCGUUCGAUGUGAAGCUUUGGCUUUCGUUCAUUAUAUUCGUUAUCUGGUUCUUCUGUUGUGGUGCCCCCGUGAUUCUUGAGAACGUUUUGGAGUAUCUACCCAAGGGAUCAUGCGCAAAGCAUGUUGGAUGGACUCUAUUUCUGUCCUUAUUCGCCAACACCUUAUUUGUGACAAUUGUGGAGAGUUUUUUGACAUUUGUUGCAUGCAAGACACGAGACUGUCCCAUAAUCAACGUCACGGUGACCACCAGUGCAAGUCAAAAUAGCUGCUUUCCCGCCGUCCUCUACGAAGACGAGACUAUAGAAUGCUGGGAAGGAAAUCACAGAGCAAUCGCCUUUCUUGGCCUGCUGGGAUUGGUUUGGUACUCCACUACAGCUAUCAUAUUCGGAACCAAAUACGGUGAUGUGACUCAUCCGAGUCAGGAUCUUGAAUUUUCCCCUGUCUACAACAUCUUUUUGAAUUUUGCCAAAGCAGUGAUGGUAGGAGUAGUUGUUUUGGCCAUGGCUAAGCCCUAUGUUGUGUUGUCUUUCCUAGUCUUGGCUAACCUGGCUGCAAUAAUUUUUACCCUGGCUUUCAGAAAAAUAUUUCACUUUGAUCUUUCUAAUUCCUUUGUUUUGAUUAUUUGGCGCACUGUAACCUUCAUCUGUGCUUGCGUCGCUGCGGUUUCUGCCGUUGUGGCCAAACAAAGGAAUGAUCCCGACUCUUUUGUUCCUCUUGGGAUUUUUCUCGGCGGGUGUGGCGUGGUUAUUAUUAUCGCUCUGAUUGUGUCAAUUGUCUUGAGAAAGCCAAGAACUCCUGUGGAAAAUCAAAGAAGGAUGUUUCGUCACGACUUGCUGGCGCUUGAAGCCAAACUUGUGAAAGAAAAUUUCAUGAUCAAUUCUUGGACAAAAAGCCGCGAGCAGUGGAAAAGACUGGUCAAAAAUGUGUAUGAAGCACAAAAGAAUGACCGUGGGGUAUCCCCUUCGGUCUGGUCACACCUUGAAAUUUCACCUCCGCCACCACCCCAAGAGGAAAGACGCAUACCAGACGCAGAGCCGAGUACAUCAGCUCCUCUUCCCCCUCCACCGGCGUAUGAUGAUUUGUUUCCUAACAUUAUGGGACCCUAUGGUAUUCCACCUCCACCCUAUACCACAGAGAGCGAUGACGUUUCUAUAGGAAUAGCUGAAACUGCGCAAGCGCCCGCACCUCCUCUCCCCCAGGCCAAAAGAAAACAGCCUAAAGAACAACCGGCUAUUUCUGAGGACAACUCGACGAAGAUAUCAGUCACAGAUGACGCGAGUAGCCUGGACUCUAUGGAACAAGUGCCUGAAGUUUCGUUGCCUCUCCCGCCAUACCCAUUGGAAUAUCGG